UAAAAAGGAUAAGAAAAAUCUUAGAUGUUCAAAACAGAUUUUCCUAAAAACUAAAAAUAUGAGUUUCUAUUUUAUGUUGGAAAAACACUUUUUAGCUUUUUCAAAAGUCAAUCAGAUAGCAGAAUUUAGCCCGCUUCAAUUUUUGAAGGAGAAAAAUAUUUUUAAAAAUAGGACCAAACACAGUAUCAAUACAUGUCUUACCCAACGAAAUACAGUGUAGCAUAAAAAGAUGAGUUUUGGAGAACCAUUUAAGUUGAACAAGAUUUUUGAACACUUUGCCUCAACUUUGUUUACAUGAGAAAGCUACUAAAAGAUGCAGAAUAUCAUAUAAGGAGGACAAAAUUUGUGUUUGAUCUUUUUUUUUUUUUACCCCGAGAAAUGUCAAGAACAUAGUUAGAAAGAACCACUACCCAUAAUCCCUUCCCAUCCCACUUACAAGCCAACCAACAAAGUCAAAAGAAACUAACUCUAGCCGGGACAGCAGCAGGGCUUUACGUGCCACUCUAUGAGCAGCCCAGUUGACAGUCUGCGGUAUUGCCCUAAAUUCUAUACAAAGAGAACAAGACUCAAGAAGAUAACAACAAUCUCGAAGAAAGGGGCCACCAAUCGAAUCCUCCACCAAUCGAAGCUUGAGCUGACGGAUGACCACUUCUGCAUCGCCUUCGAUGAUAAUCGGAGACAAACUUCUAGAAGUUGCAAGAGAGAUUGCAUCCCUGGCUGUAAGGAGUUCUGCAAGAUAAUGAUCCGAGAUACCAUAAUGUUGAGCACCCACGGCAAGAAGCACAUGCCCAUCCGAGCAGCGGACAACCAGGCCAGACGAGGAGCCAACACUUUGGAGAGCAACAUCAAAGUUAAUCUUCAAAAAGUCUUGAGGCGGGCAAUCCCAAAGAAGAGGUCUAGCAGAGGCAGGAGCACGAGGAAGGGGAGACGAGUCAGGCUGGGCAGAGAGAACCUCGCGGAUUUGGAAAGAGAAUUGGCAGGCUAACGAACGGACAUGAGGCUGGGUAUUUUCAAAUACCACUUUAUUUCUUGAUUUCCAUAUUCUCCAUAGGAGGCACACUAUCUGGAGAAUAUGGGUUUGGGACUACUCAUCUAGCAUAAUUUGACACCACCACAAACUAAAAUUCCUUCUUGGGGCCGAGUUCAGUAAAUCACUUAAUCCCACAAAAUACCAAAGUUGGAUGGCAAGGGGGCAACGAAAAAACAAAUGUUCUAUACUUUCUUGGAACCUCCAACAAACAGGGCAACGACUUAGACAGUUAACCCCGCGGGAUUUGAGAGCCACUGUUGUAGGGAGGACAUAAAAUCAAGUGAAUAUUAUAACCUAAAACACAAUAACUUCUUUGAACGAAAACGUAAACCAUAAUGAAUAAUUGAUAUUAAU